ACCCAUAAAGUUCUGAGUAUAUACGCCCAGCGAUUUGAUGAAAAAGGCAACUUGGGACGAUAGGAAUUCACGGAAGAGGCAUUUUAUAGGCAUCUACUGAUUUAGAAGAGGCAAGAAUCAGCAGAAGAAAAGUUUGUUUUACAAAACUAGGUACAGAUAUGGAAAGUGCCAUUAAGACGGUUGUUAUGCAGUACCUGUCUUCAGCACGGGGGAAAGAGAGCCUGAGUGGGAAGAGUUUCCAAAAGUUAGUCCAGGGACAGCUGGGCAACAUCCUGGCUGACACAGACAGUGCUUCAGCAGUGAAAGACAUGAUGAAAGGACUAGAUGACAACAAAGAUGGGAAAGUCAGUUUCGAGGAGUAUCUGAGGCUGGUGGGCUAUGUGGCUAACUCAAUGAGUGAACAGAGAGCACAGAACAACACAGCCAGUGGACAACAGGCCGAAUCCCAAAAGCACUGAUAUCAUUUGAGUUAAUGACACACUGACACUACAUGUGUAAUUCUGGAAUCUUAUAUAAUAUACAUGGUAUAUAUACAGUAUAACAUUUGAAAUUGAUCUUAAUGUAUAAUGGUCUCAAACACUUUUAAAGUCUCUGCUAUUACAUUGUACUUACAAUACUGUUUACAUAUAUUCAGCUAUCAUGAAAUGUUACACCAGUGGCCAAGUAUAAGUGCUACAUCAAAUCAUUCCUUUUGUUCCACACGUUGUUGCCAAUUUUAUUUUAAUUGUAAUUUUUUUGCUUUUGUCUGUUUUCCGUGUAACAUGUAUUCAUUUCAGGACUUAUAUGUGAAUAUAAUUUAGUUAUUUUGCAAGCAGCAAAAGAUGCUUGAUUAGUGUAUACUAUGUUCAAGUAAUAACCAAACUGGACAGCCAAAAGCAAGGUACAAUGAAAGUAAAUGGGGCCAGUUCCUAAACAUUAAAAUACACACUGUACCAAAAGUAAAGCCGUAGGAUGUGAACACAGUAUAUGUAAUAAAGUGAUUUUAGUGUGAUAAAAUUGCUCACUAACCUUAUCUGUAUCAAGUUAUAUCUGAUAUUAUAACUUUGUUAUCAUGACAGUGAACCCCUGUAAUCCUGGUACUGGAUAAAUUCGCUUACUUAAUUAUAUCACACUAAAAUCAAUGUAACACUCACAGUAUAAUGUUUACACUUUGUGGCUAUACUUAAAACGAUAUGUAUUUUAACAUUUUUCUUAUGUUAAAUAAAGAAGGGACGUGUUGAAAUUAUUUUUUGUGAAAAUCAGCAUUAUGCCACAAUGCUGUAGAUGGAGCAUAACUUGUGUGGAACACGAAACAUUUCUUUAAAUGAGAAGAUGUAAACACUCUACAUAUAUGGAAAAUGUUUUUGGUAUAACCUUUCAAUAAAAACAUGACAAUACUGACAAAAUCCUAA